AUGCUUAUUUUUGAGGACAUCCUUAACGGCGACGAGAUGAUCUCGGACGCGUACGACAUGACCACUGUCGACGACGUUGUCUACGAGGUCGACUGCGCGAUGAUCAUCAUCAAGGAGGGUGACAUUGACAUCGGUGGCAACCCUUCCGCCGAGGAGGCUGAGGAGGCCCUCGAGGCUGGCGCCGAGCAGGUCAACAACGUUGUCCACUCGUUCCGCCUCCAGUCCACCCAGUUCGACAAGAAGUCGUACCUCACCUACCUUAAGGGCUACAUGAAGGCCGUCAAGGCCAAGCUCGAGGCCACCAAGCCCGAGCGUGUUGCCCCCUUCGAGAAGGCCGCCGCUGCCUUCGCCAAGAAGAUCAUUGGCAACUUCAAGGACUACGAGUUCUACACCGGCGAGUCGAUGGACACCGAGGGCAUGGUUGCUCUCCUCAACUACCGUGAGGACGGCGUCACCCCCUACCUUAUCUUCUGGAAGGACGGCCUCCGUGAGGUCAAGAUCUAA